CGUCGAGGAGUUAGCAUAUAGAUUGGCAGAAUGAUCGGAUUGGGACAACUUUUGGCGGUAGCCCUUCUUCUCACUUUCUUGCCAGCGGGCUUGAGAGGUGCCACGACACGAGCCCACUUGGACACGAAGGCCAUCCGUCCGAGAUUCAGCACAGAUCCUGGCAGGAUUAUCAAUGGAACAGAAGCCUCUCUGGGCGCCACCAGGCAUCAGGUGGGCAUUCGCAAGGCCCUCAACGAUGGCUACUUCUUCGGAACCGGGCACCUCUGCGGUGGAUCUCUCAUCCGGCCGGGAUGGGUACUCACCGCCGCCCAUUGCUUUGUGGAUCAGAUUAUUUACGACGGCACUUUCGUGCCCAAGGAGGAGUUCAUCGUGGUGAUGGGCAACCUGGAUCGCUACAAUCGCACCAACACGCUGACAUUCACGAUCGAAGAGCGCAUAAUGCAGCUGGAUAAGUUCGUCCUGGCCACCUACGACAAGGACAUCGCCCUGCUGAAGCUAAAUGGUACUGUGCCCACCGGACAUCCGACCAUUCGUCCAAUUGCCCUCAGUCGGUUUGCCAUACCGGAGGGCGUCGUCUGCCAAGUGACGGGCUGGGGCAAUACGGAGGAUGGCUUUAUCUCCGACAUCCUGAUGACCGUCGAUGUGCCGAUGAUCAGCGAGGAGCAUUGCAUCAAUGACAGCGACCUGGGCCACCUGAUCCAGCCGGGAAUGAUAUGUGCCGGUUAUUUGGAGGUGGGCGAAAAGGAUGCCUGCGCCGGCGAUUCCGGCGGACCAUUGGUGUGUCAAAGUGAAUUGGCCGGCGUGGUUUCCUGGGGUAUUCAAUGCGCCCUGCCCAGAUUACCGGGUGUGUACACACAGGUGUCCUACUACUACGACUGGAUACUAAAGAAUAUGGGUGAGGAUGGUGAAGGAAGUGGUGAUGACGGAAGUGGUGACGCCGGAAGUGGUGACGACGGAAGUGGUGAUGACGGAAGUGGAGAUGACGGAAGUGGAGAUGACGGAAGUGGUGACGACGAUGAUGGAAGUGGUGAUGGUGGUGGUGCCAUGGCCGCCGUGGCCGGAACUCUUACUCUUCUUCUGCCCGGAAUUCUCGCUCUGAGACUAAUUGCUACACAGUUCUAA